AAAUAAAAAUUUUAAAAUUGCAAUAACAAAAGAAAAAAAAAAAACUAAAAACAAGAAAGGAAAGAAAGAACAAAACCAGUCCUUUUAGAAACCCUAAUUCCAGCUUCCCGCAAAUUUCACUGUCAAAAAUCUCUCUGCAUUUUAUCCCAUUUUAUAGGCACAUUUCAUUGUUUUAUCUCCUGUUUGCUUUGUUGCUUCCCAUCUGAAUAAGGCAAGAACCUGGGAAGGCUCCAAUAAGAAUGCCGAUUCCCUUGUUUCUGGGAUUCAGCAUUGUAUCAAUUUGGAAGUUGUUGUUAAACUAUUCAUCUCUAUUAAAAAAAUCUAUGCCUAUAGAAGAGGAAUUUUUUUCCCUUGCUUCUUAACUUUCUUCAUUUUUUUGAAAGUUGAAGGGUAUUGUAUAUAGUGAUUUGUUGUUUUAAAGAUCCUAAUAAGUUAUUGUAGUGUCAUCAUCAAAUGUCAGAAGGUGUUAUGGCGGUAGUAAAACCUGAGAUGAAGUCUUACAUCUGGCUUCAGACUGCCGACGGUUCAAUUCAACAAGUAGAAGAGGAGGUUGCUAUGUUUUGUCCUAUGAUAUGUCGAGAAGUAAUUAAUACAGGGAUGGGAUCUUCCAAAAAUUAUGCAAUAUCACUUCCACAACGGGUUAACCCUGCUAUCUUGGGAUUAAUACUUGAUUAUUGCCGGUUUCAUCAAGUACCAGGUCGUUCUAAUAAGGAACGCAAAACUUAUGAUGAGAAAUUUAUUCGAAUGGAUACGAAGAAAUUGUGUGAGUUGACAUCAGCUGCUGACAGUCUCCAAUUGAAGCCAUUAGUUGAUCUCACAAGCAGAGCACUUGCACGAAUUAUUGAAGGAAAAACACCGGAGGAGAUACGAGAGACCUUUCAUUUACCUGAUGACCUAACAGAGGAGGAGAAGUUGGAGCCUCUGCGAAACAUAACUGAUGAUCCCCGUAUUCGCCUUCUAAAUCGAUUGUAUGCAAGGAAGAGGAAAGAAUUAAAAGAAAGAGAGAAAUUGAAGAAUAUUGAGGUUGAAGAGGAGCGUGUGGACGAGCGCUCAGUUGAAGAUCUAUUGACAUUCAUAAAUGGUGGAGAUGGAGAGUCAAAAGGGGCUAGAAGCAAUAAGGGCAAGAAGAAAAAUCGGAGAAGAAAGGAUCAAAUAAAGAAUUCUUCAAAUGAUAUAAAUGGAAACCAUAAUAAGGAAUCGGAUGAUCUUUCUUUUCACAAUGGCAGUGUUAAUAAUAUGGCAUCUCCAAGUAAAACAUCCAAGUUGCAAGAUUCUACAACUGUUUCUUAUUCCUCAAAGCUUGAUUUUGAUGAUGUUGAUAUUGAUGAUGAUUUAGAUCCAGCCAUGAAGGAGGAGCUUGACAGAGAAGUCGAGGACUUUGCACGUAGGUUGAAUUCAGAUUGGCCAGAAAGAAUGCAGGAAAUAUUAUCCUUAGGCCAAGAAAGAAGGCUUGUACCAGUGUCAAAUGGCAAUGGUUCCCGGAGAUAUAACAGUUUGGAUCAGAGAUAGUGGUAUACUAUGUUAGAAUAUUUUAUUUAAAGAUCACCCAGCAGCAGCGUUGAGCGAAUUGGAAAGAUGCUAACGUGCAGUUUGCGGCAACCAAAGCUGUGGAAAAGUCUGAAAUAUUUUUGCUGCAGCGUAGCUCGUGAGUAUAUUUGUUUGUUUUAACAUCAUCCAAAUGCAAUUUUUCAUCUGAGGAAUCGAUGUGUUGGAGACACAAAAACAUGUUGGGAAAGAGUUUCAUAAAAGAAAUAGAGAAUGCAUUUCCAAGGGUGACAAAUAGCAGAGCAAAUAUGCUACUCAUUUGUUUAUCCUUGUUCUGUUGUUGCUGUUCCUUAGUUUCAGCCAUGGAUGGCAGCUAGCUCAUGUACUGUACUUUUUGGCUCGUCUUGUUUUUGCAAAUGUUCUUUUUUUCUUUCUUUCUUUUUCCCGUUCUCAUAGGCCGCAUUUGGCUUUGUUAAGUUUUACGAGAAGUUGUAAGUACUUGCAGUGAAGUAAUGAAUUGGGGGGGAAAUUAUCUCAA